AAUUCAUAUAGAGAACCAAACACGACCCGCGGCGGGUACCCGAAAACCCAUAAAAAAUGAACCCAAACAGAGCCUUAACAGACACCCGAUUCUCCGAUUUGAACCCGAACCUAUCGGAGCCGGUUCUCGAGGCUUUAACUAACUCCGGUUUCGAUUACUGCACGCCGGUUCAAGCCGCUACAAUUCCCUUACUAUGCAGUUACAAAGAUGUCACCGUCGACGCCGCCACCGGCUCGGGCAAAACCCUAGCUUUUGUGGUUCCGCUUGUGGAAAUUCUCCGGCGAGCUUCCUCUCCUCCUAAACCUCACCAGGUGAUGGGGAUAAUUCUAUCUCCUACUAGGGAGCUUUCUUCACAGAUUUAUAAUGUUGCUCAACCUUUCAUCGAAACAUUAUCAAACGUCAGUUCCAUGCUUCUUGUUGGAGGUGUGGAUGUCAAAGCUGAUGUGAAGAAAAUAGAAGAGGAAGGAGCAAAUUUAUUGAUUGGAACUCCUGGAAGGUUAUUUGACAUCAUGGAACGCGUGGAUGUCUUGGACUUUCGAAACCUUGAGGUUUUAAUUCUUGAUGAAGCUGAUAGGCUCUUGGAUAUGGGCUUCCAAAAGCAGAUUACUUCCAUUAUAUCCCGCUUGCCUAAGCUUCGCAGGACUGGUCUUUUCUCAGCUACUCAAACUGAGGCAGUUGAAGAGUUAUCUAAAGCUGGACUGAGGAAUCCUGUGAGGGUUGAAGUCCGAGCAGAAACAAAAUCACUGAAUGAAGCAGAAUCUCUUCAAUUAUCAUCUUCAAAAACUCCGUCAGGCCUUCAACUUGAGUAUUUGGAAUGUGAAGCAGACAAGAAACCAUCUCAACUUGUCGAUCUCCUUAUUAAGAACAAAACCAAAAAGAUUAUAAUAUAUUUCAUGACAUGUGCUUGUGUUGAUUACUGGGGAGUUGUUCUUCCUCGUCUUUCUGCUUUAAAGGGCUUUUCUUUGAUUCCUCUCCAUGGAAAAAUGAAGCAGAGCGCUAGAGAGAAAGCGUUGGCUUUAUUUACAUCUCUAACAAAUGGCAUUCUUCUAUGUACGGAUGUUGCAGCUCGUGGGCUUGAUAUUCCAGGUGUUGAUUGUAUUGUGCAGUAUGACCCUCCUCAGGAUCCCAAUGUUUUUGUUCACAGAGUUGGCCGAACUGCUCGGUUGGGUAGAGAAGGAAGUGCUAUCGUUUUCCUGUUGCCAAAGGAGGAAGCUUAUGUUGAAUUUCUGCGCAUAAGAAGAAUUCCUCUUCAAGAGAGGAAAAUUGCAGAUGAUGCUCCUGAUGUUGUUCCCGAGAUAAGAUCUGCUGCCAAGAAGGAUCGUGAUGUCAUGGAGAAAGGACUUAGAGCAUUUGUAUCAUUUAUCCGUGCCUAUAAAGAGCAUCAUUGCUCUUACAUUUUCAGAUGGAAAGAACUUGAAAUUGGGAAGUUGGGCAUGGGACAUGGUUUAUUGCAGCUCCCUGCAAUGCCAGAGGUAAAGCACUACUCACUCUCAACUGUUGGUUUUACUCCAGCUGAAGACAUCAAAUGGGAGGAGAUCAAGUUCAAGGAUAAAUCACGGGAGAAACAACGGAAAAAGAAUUUGCUAAUAAAGAAAGAAAAGAAACAGCAAGAACCAAAGGCCCAAAAGCCGAAAAAGAACCUUAAUGCUGCCUCGACGGUUACGAGGAAAAGAACAGGUAAGCAAAGACAAGCUGCCCAAACAGCUGAAGAUGAAGACGAUAUGGCUCGAGAAUAUCGGUUACUGAAAAAGCUAAAGAAGGGGGCUAUUGAUGAAAAUGAGUUUGCAAAGUUAACAGGAACAGAAGAUUUAUUAUAGCGUGCAUGGUAAGCAAUCGUUUGUUUGUGUAUUGACAUGUUCAGCCUUCUGCUCGGACCUGACCGUAAAGGUUUCGAAAUCUGGAAGCAAGUUUUGAAGAUCUGCAUUGUUUUUAUGCGAAGUUUGUUUUUUGACAUUUUUAUCGCUAUUCAUUUGGACAAAAACACCAUAACAAUUGAAUUGUAUAUUUGAUGGUAGUUGUUACUAAUGUAGUAUACACAACAGACAUUUUUGUAGUUGUAGAAAUGCAAUUUUAUCGAUGUCGCUAGUAAUCCGAUUUUCAACAUUUACUAGAAUGAGUUUAUGUAAUGCAUUAAAUAUUUAAUUA